AUGAUCCUGACCGUUCACAAAGUGUUCGAUCUACUGGAAUUGGCGGGAAAGUUGACGUGUACCUGGCCGGAAGAUUCAAACACCAGCAAAUGGACAAAUGUUUUACGUAAUGUUCGUUGGAUUUUUGCGUUGGCCAAUAUGAUCGCCUUAUUGAUAUCCUUAGCGUUGGGAGUCUAUCACCAUCGAAGCAAUUUUCUCCUCCUGAUGAAAAUCAUGUCCGAGACGAGUGCAACCCUAGACGUGAUUUUUGAUCUGAUCCUCAGCAAAAUGAACAGCACCCAACUACAGAUUUUGAUACAAAGAAUCAGGAGGUAUUUGGAGACCGCUAGCGAGUACGAGAAUCAUGUUAUACAAAGCUACCUGGAUCGUUACAAAGAAUUUUACUCAGCGAUCGUAGUAGGUUACAUUAUAACAGGAAUAUUCUUCACAUCGAUACCAUUAUUCUUAAGCCAAAAUCUACCAUUGGAUGGUUGGAUCCCAUUCUCUACCGAGUCCUUUGGCAUAUUUUGCAUAGUUUACUUCGUAGAAGCCUAUUGCAUCUGGCAGGGAGCACUCGUCUUCGUAAUCAAUAUCACUGUCGUUAUUCUUUUCUGUUUCACCGCUGCCAGACUGGAUAUAUUAGGUACCAAGUUGAAACAGGUAACUUGCCGCGAACUGCUGGUAAGCUGUGUCAAAGAACAUCAGGAGAUAAUAGAGUAA